GGAGGCGUGCGGGCCCACACAGGAACCAUGGGGCCAUCAGGAGAGGAGGAAGAGCAGAGCAUAAUCCUGAUCAGUGAUGAUGAAGCCGAGAGCACCCCUGGGAAUUCUGUCCUCUUUGUAGACCCCCAGGAGGAACCUGCCCUGGGAGAGGAGAAACCUGAGGUUGUGGAUGAGGAGUGCGAAUUGAUGGUCACUUUCUGUAAACAAGCCAAUGUGAUGCCUCAUGCAAGAUACGACUGCACCACUCACCCCUUCGAGAGAACAGAAUGUGACACUUGCUCACCCCUGGGGAAAAACGCUGACAUUUGUGCCCAGUGCUACUGCUACAUCUGUGACAAACUGGCUUCUGAGUGCCAGAACUGGACAACGCCCUCCCUGUGCCACUGCAAUGCCCACAACAAGAGCAGGUUCUGGAAGGAGCGGCGGGACUUUGCCCUGGCCGGGGUGCUGGUCAUGUUCAACCUGGAGCUGACGGACAUCGACGCCGACCUGCGCCACGGGGGAAGUCUGCUCAUCAAAUUCAUGCAGGAACUUUAUGUGGAAUAUAAUAAGUACCUGGCUGGAGAAAGGAUACCUCCCACACAGCAUGAAUGCUUCUGCCUGCCCAAGUUGCCUCCUGGGCAGUGCAAUGCCUGCAGGUCACGGAACAUGGAGAUUGUGUACAAGUAUUCUGACGUUUUUGCCCUGGUAACAAGAUUUUUAAAUCAGGCAGAACAAGAAAGCCCUAAAGCUGCUGCUGUGAUGCUGCUGGGAGCAGCUAAAGAGAUUGCACUGCACAAAGACCCUUCCCUAAGCUGGCAGAACCUUGGCCAUACUGCUUCGCUGAAGAUUGCUGUCCCAUGUCUGUUCCAAAGGAUCACAACCCAACUUCAGAGGAUGCUGGUGUUGUGUGACUUUCCAAAAACUCUGUAUGAAAAGUUUAUUAAUUUCUUUCAGUCCAUCUCCCUUCCCUGUCACUGCUUUGGCUUCUCAAACAGCCUGAACGUGGUGCCCUGGGACCACGGGUUGCUGACCACGGUUCUGAAAGGCCAGAACAUCACGGGGCAGAGGACCCAGAAAGGCAGGAAGAUUUUCCUCUGGGAAACACUCCCUGUCAUCGAGGCCCGAGUGGAGAGACUGCUAGACAAGAAGAACUACAAAGAAGUUGUUCGUUACCUGAGAGCUGUGAAAUGCAACGACACCAAAGGGUUGAGAGACCUUCGGGAUAAGAUCCCCUUCUACCUGUGUAAAACUGGGGAUUUCCUGGAUGCUGCCCAUUCCCUGCUGUUCCCAGUGAACAGCCUGGCCUGCUGCUCUGCCUGCAGGAUAACCCCCUGCGAGUUCCAGGCCUACCUCAAGAUGUUCAGGACAGGCUGUGUUCCCCCUGGCAAUGACAUGCUGCAGGCUGGGCCCUGGCUCACAGUUGGGUCUCCCCUCAGGGAGGGUGUGCUAAUUAAACAGGCACUCAAACUGCUUUACAGCAACGUGUCACUGUACAGGAAUCCCAAGUGCUGGAGUUCCCUCAUCAUGGUUUUGGGGAGUAGCAAUCUGCUGGCAAAAAGUGGGCACCUACAUCCCUUAUCCCUGAAAGAGCCACCACUUGACUUCCAGGAGGGAGUCCUGGCUGCCAGCGGGAGCCUCCUGGAGGAACUGAAGGCCAAAGUUAAUGUUUCUUUGCCACCUUCUAUUUUCUCCCCUCAGCUGCACCACGAGGCUUGUCUCAUCCUGGCAGUAAAAGCAGUGCAACAGAUGCUCUUUUGUGACCUUCCAUACCUGACUUCCUUCCUAGAGAUAGUCCUGGCUUUUGGGAAUAACUUCUGGGCCCUGAGGCUGCUGCUGGAGCACCUCUCCUACCAAGAGCCCCUUCUCCAAGGCACUGUCGCCCUGAUUUUGAGAGACCUCAGUCGCCAGAAAGCAACAGUCCUGAAACUGUGGCAGAACCUGGGUGCCCAGUACGUGGGUGAGUUCCUGUGCCUGUUCCUGACCUGCAGCCACCAGGAGAUGCAAAACAUUGGCCUCUUCAGCCUCAGCAUCAUCGCAGAGAACCUGCACACGUGUCCAUGGGCAAAGCACCUCUGCAGCUUUUUCCACAACUCAGGAUUGAGGCACCUCCCCCCUGGCACAGAAGCUCACCACGAAGUCUCAAAGUUCCUAAAACUGUUUGAAGAACUGUAAUUUUGACUUAAAUCUUCGGGAGUAUUUUCCGGUUUUUCUGAGCACUGUCUUCCUGGAGCCCCUUGGUUUUCUUUCGGUUUUCAUCUCCAGAAACAUUCAGCU